CCGCUAAACAAGCGCAAAAGCUCCGAACGUUUAGGAAGCUUCAACGCAUUCUCGAACUUCUCUACCUACCAAAAACAACAAUCUGUUGUAGCAAGCAAGCAAUCCGGCGUGACUUACAAUCUCCUCACACCGAAUUAAUUGCAGCUAGCAUUACAAGAUUGGUUUGUAUCACCAAUACAAGAGUCGAGUCCCCACGUUCUAAACGCCGUCCCCGAGUACACCGACGUCGUCGACAGCGAGGUUUUGACGGUGGGGGAGCUGCGCGAGCAAUCACACAACCAUGCCUCAACCUCUCAGUUCGAAAGAGAACUCUCUCUUUCGACAAGUCAUCCGCAAUUAUGAGGAUAAACAAUACAAGAGGGGGUUGAAGGCGGCUGAGCAAAUUCUGAAGAAGAACCCCAAACAUGGCGAUACGAUGGCGAUGAAAGCUUUGAUUAUCAACCAACAAGGGAAGACGGAGGACGCAUUUGCACUUGGAAAGGAAGCCUUACAAGCCGACAUGAAAUCCCACAUAUGUUGGCAUGUUUACGGAUUAUUAUACCGACACCAGAAGAACUUCGAGGAGGCUAUCAAGGCUUACAAAUUUGCCUUAAGACUCGAGCCUGAAUCCCCCCAAAUUCAAAGAGAUCUUGCCUUCCUCCAGGUCCAAAUGCGCGACUACCAAGGUUACAUACAAAGUAGAACUGCCAUGCUUCAGGCUAGACCCCAGUUGCGGCAGAAUUGGACAGCCCUUGCAGUUGCGCACCAUUUGGCAGGAAACCUCACCCAAGCCGAGAAUGUCCUCUCCAAGUACGAAGAAUCCUUAAAAGUCCCACCAUCUAAGACCGACUACGAAAACUCCGAAGCUAUCAUGUACAAGAAUUCCAUCAUUGGCGAAAUUGGGGACUACCAGAGAGCUUUGGACCACUUAGAGUCUGCUGCUAAGCAUAAUCUUGACCGAUUAGCCGUCUUGCAGCUUCGUGCUGAGUACCUUUCGAAGCUUGGCAAGAAGGAGGAAGCAGCUGAUGCCUACCGCUCUCUACUCGACCGUAACCCGGAACAUCCAGAAUAUUACGCGAGUCUUGAAGGCGCCUUAGGUCUCGCUGCUGAUGACAACUCGGCUCGAAAGGCGAUUUACGAUGAGUACGCCGAAAAGAACCCCCGCUGCGACGCCGCCAAGCGAUUGCCGUUGGACUUUCUUGUUGGCGACCAAUUUCGAGAAGCAGCCCGAAGCUAUCUAGGAUUGAUGUUAGACAAGGGAGUUCCUUCGACCUUCGCAAAUCUCAAGCAUCUCUACACUGAUUCAUUCAAGAGGGAAACACUCGGAUCCUUGGCGCAAGAGUAUCUCAACUCAAAGAGAUCAUCCGGUGAGGAGACAGUGACGAAUGGAGACGCACUAAAAGGGGAGCCAGCGGCGUUGUACUACCUCGCUCAACAUUACAAUUACCACCUAAGUCGUGACCUUACUAAGGCGCUGGAGUAUGUGAAUAAGGGCAUUGAUCUAUUGCCUACCAACGUCGAAUUUCACAUGACUAAGGCAAGGAUAUGGAAGCACCACGGAAACACCCAAAGAGCAUCAGAGACCAUGGACGAGGCCCGCAAACUCGAUCUGAAAGAUCGAUACAUCAACACAAAGGCGGCAAAAUACCAGCUACGUAAUAACGAAUGCGAAGCUGCUUUAAAAACAAUGGGUCUUUUCACUAGAAAUGAUUCCCCGGGCGGCCCAUUGAAUGACUUGCUUGACAUGCAAAGCGUGUGGUACCUCACCGAAGAUGGAGAGGCGUGGGUCCGUAACGGGAACAUAGGAUUAGCCCUGAAGCGUUUCCAUGCUGUCUAUAGCAUCUUUGAGGUAUGGCAAGAGGAUCAAUUCGACUUCCACAGCUUUUCGUUGCGAAAAGGACAGAUCCGUGCCUAUGUGGAUAUGAUUCGAUGGGAGGACCGUCUUCGUGAACAUCCAUUUUACACACGUGCUGCUCUCGGUGCCAUCGCUAUCUACGUGACCAUGUACGACAGUAGCCAAGCACUAAACGGUGUGGAUGGAUCUGCGGGUACUAAUGGAGACGAGGCGGCGGAGAGGAAGAAGAACGCUAAGAAGGCCAAGAAAGAAGCCCAGAAAGCCGAGCGAGAAGCAGCUGAGAGAGCCGCCAAGCAAGACCCUAACAAAUCCAAGAGUGCUACUACUGAACUCGUUAAGAAGGAUGACGACCCGAAUGGAUUUAAACUUGCCACGACCCCCGAACCUCUAGCCGAAGCCACCAAAUUCCUUGCACCUAUUCUUCAAUUUAGCCCGAAGUACCUCGACGGACAGAUCGCCGGGUUUGAGGUCUUCAUCAGGCGAGAAAAAUACCUUCUCGCCCUGCGAUGCUUGAAUGCUGCAUUGGCUAUUGAAGAGGAUCAUCCUACGGUCCAUGAGCAGGUCGUCCGAUUCCGCCAGGCCUUAAACUCGAAACUUGCAUCCCUGCCUCCCAAGGUUGCUGAGGUCUUGAAGUCCGAGUUCAAGGUCGUAGACGCCUCAGCGGACUUGAAGAAGUUCAAUGCAGACUUUAAGGAGAAGCACAAGGACAGCGCGGCACAUGUCAUCUCUGCAAUUAAGAUAGAGAGAUUACUAGGUGAGGACAAGAAGAAGAGCGAGAAGGAUCUUGUCGCUGCCCUCAGCCUGAAGGAUAUCGAACACGAGCAGGCAACCGAGUCGCUUGCUCUCCUGCGACAAUGGCGCAGUGCUGAGGUCGACGCGUUCAAGACGGCGGCCCACCAGAAGUGGCCAGAGGUGACAGCGUUCGCGUAAGACCACUUCGGCAUUCGACAUACGACAACAUAUCCUUACCCUUCACCAUCACCUACCUUAUUCACAGAGAAUUUCCAAGGAGUAGAUUCACGUUACAUAGGUUCCUUCGAGAACAACGGGGAGACACGGGAGGAGUGAGCAAAGCUUGCAUAGUGGAGAGUGCUGCAUCACAUAGAUCAGGGGGGCUGGCUGGCUGGCUUACUUCUCGGGUGUGGUGCUGGUAACGGGGAAAAAAAGUAGUACGAUGUGAUACGAUACGAAUGAAGUAGAUAGGUGCUAGUGUAGCAGUGGCUUGGCUCUCUGACUAGCACUGGAUUCUUAAAGAAUAAAAAGGACAAAAGGCAUGCGGAUUGAAAAA